AUGGACUACUUUUCAACACAGAAUCCAUUUAAACUAUUGUAUACAGAGGUAAGUUAAGGCAUGAUUUGCAGUAAAUUUGUUAUAGUAGUUCCCUACACAGGUGUCCUUUUGGCUUUUCGUGUAGCCAUACCAUCCUUGUCAAGAAAGUGGGAUAUGAUAAGACUAAAGGAUCUCUACAUUUAUAUGAGGCUUACCACUAGCAAAGACAUGAAAGUAGUUACCUCUGGUCUGUUGGCCAUCUUUGUCACCAAUGUUAUUAUGAAUUUCUAUAAUUAUUCUAUCUGUUAUUGAUAUUAUAAAUUACACAAUUCAUUACACAGACGAAAGUGAACUUACGCAACAGGACGGGAGAGGAAAAAUGACGGCAAACCUUGUGUGACAAAAAUUUUGUUUGAAAAAACCUUCUGCCAAACUUCACAUUCCUUUAAACAUCUUUUUUGUAGAAGAGCAAAAACUCACUCAAAACGGUUUACCAUUUAAAAAGUUUCUGAAAUUUAAGAAAUUGAUCACUUUUAAUUUGUUGGAUAUCGCUAGGGUGAAUAUUAUUAGAAAUUUUAUAAGAAAAUUUGCUGUCAGCAAACAUGUUACAGCUAUAAUGCUUUUUUGUAGGAUGACUUUAAGUCCUUAAGAGAUAUUUACAAAUUUGAGGAACCUUCGUCAACGAGCAAUGAGGUACUAGUACAAUCAUUAUUCAAAGUGGACAGACUGCAAAUUACACUAGCUGCUAAAAAAUAUAUCAAUGUGUCGUAACUGUUCAUCAGUAAGGUGCCUUAAAUGUGUGCAAUUCCAAAAUUGGUUUUGGCCCCAUUAAAUCCUAUACCAAUUGCAGAACAUUUUAGGAGGAGCCACCCACAAUGUGAGCACAGUCAUGGACAACACAUAUAAGUGAGGAAAGUGAACGAACUAAAUGUACAGUGUACACGUCAAUUAAAUAACUAAAUAAAUAAUGCAUGUGCACAAAUAAAACUGUGUGUGCCUGUACAUACCAAGAUACAACUGAAAAUAAUACAAAUCUAUAAGUAAUAUAUAAGUGAUGUAAGGAUAUGAUGGUGCAAUUCAAGCCUGGAUUGCUAAUCUCAUCUCCCGCAGGGCUGCACCAUACUUCUCGAUGAUAAGACCAUGGUGAUUGAAGAAUUUAAUAAAUGAUUUCUGAAGUAGAUUGGUUUCAAAGCCUUGUUGUCAGAGACGUAUGUUGUUUGAAAUGCAUAUGCCUAUAAAGUUGACCUAUUAUAUGGAGUUCUUUGGUUUCUGUAACAGUGUAACAAAAAAAUAAUAUUGUAUUCAUUGACUUUUUAGGAUUUGGAGAGAUGCGUAAAAGUACGCCAAGUGCAAGUGGAGCAGAUUGAAUCUACUUAUAAAUAUUUACAAGAACAUUCAUCUGGUAUCACUGAUGAAAUGUCUGAUGGCUCUAUCCUAAACCAAGAUCUUGUGAAACUUGCAGAUAAAAUAAAACUGGAACAGGGUGGCAAGCUUGAUUAUGAAAUGGUAAAUUCUGAGUAAGGGUGCAUUUGGUUUUUGAAUGAUAAUUGUCAAAUAAUUACUUUGCAAGUUCUAAAUGAAAUACCAGGUGAGCUUUCGCGCGAAAACUUGAUAUCUUCACAUGUGAAAAUAACAUGUUAUCUUCACCUGUGAAAAUAUCACCGUUGCUAUGGCUACAUGAUAAAUCGCACCUUUCACACCAAAAAACCAUUAAAAGAGAAAAUAUGCUUCAAAUGGUAUUUCAUUGGUGUUUAUAUAAUAAAUAGCACAUUACAUGGCUGCAAGGAGAUACAAUAUUUCUCUUCGCGUGUUGAAAAAAAAUUUCACGUACUCGUUCGCUGUGCUAACUCGUGAAAUAUUUUUCAACCCUCGAAGAGAAUUUCGUUUUUCCUCGCGGCCAUGUAAUAUCCUCUAGGUAUGAACUACAUGCCCCCAGCUGCACUAAAAGCAGCAUGCAUCAGUUUUUAAUGUUUCUAAUAGCAGAGGCUAAAAAGGUCUUAAUUCAGUUAAUAUCAUGAGCAAGUAAUUCAGAGUAACAAAAAACAUUUUUGACUAUCAACAAUCUUUUCAAAACACAACACAAUUUUCCAGAAAACAACAAUCUUUUUCAAAACACAAGAAUCUUUUGAAGAACACAACAAUCUUGAAAUAUUUUUCCUGGAAACAACCAUGAGAUUAUUAAAGACAGGGCAAUAAUGUUCAUCCUAAUAAUUAGGAUGAACAUUAUUGCCCUGUCUAUUAUAAUAUGUAAGAGAGUCAUAAUUAUUGAUCUGAGUCUAAAUACUGAUCAUUACUCUCUUAUUAGCUUCACUUUUCAGGAAUGUCAUCAGAAAUACCUCAUCAUGUGAGUUCUUCUGAAAUGAUUGACAGUCUCAUGGUCUCCAUGGCAACACUACUGAAGACUGUUCCAAAACCUACUUUAAUCACAGCGGCUAGGUAUGUUCUUGAAGUUGUUUGUUGUUGAGUUAUUUUGAUGUGUUAGUAAUAAUUGACAUCGAUACUCUGGAUUCUCAAGCAUUGUAUCACCAUCCAACUCAAACUCAGGCUAGUGAGGGUACCUGGAGAAAAGCUCAAAUUGACUGAAAAACUGCAACAUUCCCCUUUCAAUUUCUCUCGGAAAUGCUCACAAAUCAAAAAGAGAAUUUGGAUAUUGAAUCAGGACUCAACCAAUUCGGGGCCUUUUGCAUGCAGCCCUUCAAAGGUCUACAGUGUAUUCUAGCCUGCAUACACACAUCUACAUGCCUGCCUGAACAAACCUCUAGCCUGCAUAGCAAGCGUUUCCGCACGAGUUCAUUGAGAAAGUUGGGACGAGAGCCAAAAAAAAAGGCUUCUAUCUUGACAAGGUGUCAAUAUACAAAUGAACCAAACCAUGAAAUAUCAAGCGGAGUUUUCCUGAAUCGUGGGGUUUGCAGGCAAGCGUUUCCUCUUCUCCCCUCCCCUCCCCUCCCCCCUUCCAUUUUUUUUUGCUCCCACUCUAACUUUCGUGCUAUAACUCGAUUGGAAAUGCUUGCUGCGCAGGCUAACAAACCUCAGGAAUUUCUCACCAUUCUUGAUACCAUGUAUGCCCCAGGGGACCUGUGACUAUAGGAGGGGCAUUUGAACACCAUUUUUGGCUUGGGAGGUUAGGACCAGGGCCCAGUUGUUCACAAGGUGGAUAACACAAUUUAUUUUCCUUAGGCUAAUACUUGUCUGGACUGGAUAGCGAUUUAUCCGGUGGAUAGCGCUAUCCAAUGUUUGAAUAACUGGAGCCUGAACAAGUCAAACUUCAAAAAGUCAAAUGUCCUGUUUUCUUUUCCUUUUGUGGUUACUCUGGGGAGGGGUGGGUAGGGCACAGACAUACCUUGCAUGUAAUCAUAGUACAGGGAGAAGAAAGUUUUGGAGGCUUUGAACGGAGAGGUACAUUUUUAUUGGGACAUGAUAAAAGAAAAGAUGUGGAAUUUAGGCAAAAAUGAAUUUUUAAGAGGAAUUUCUAGGCUCCGUUAUUCAUCUACAAGAAGCGCCUUUGAUUAUUACACCUGUCAUGGAAUAAAUAAUAUUGAUUUGAUCAGCAUAGGAUUCAAAACUUGCUUCUUCCUAUUUUGUUCAGGUCAUCUUAUGACGAUUACACUCCAGCAUACCAGGUAGAAUACAUCCAAUCUUCCCUUCUUCAAGUCCUGUCUUCAUGUUAUGGUGAA